GAGAACACAGAUGUGAAGAACAAAGAGGAGAGGAAGGAGUUGAGCCCAGUGCAGAGGGGGAGAGGAGAAGAAGCCUAAAACUUGCUCCCAGGUGGGUGACAAUGCCUGUCGAAAGGAUGCGGAUGCGCCCCUGGCUGGAAGAGCAAAUCAACUCUAACAGGAUACCAGGGCUGAAAUGGCUAAAUAAGGAGAAGAAGAUUUUUCAGAUUCCCUGGAUGCAUGCUGCAAGACAUGGGUGGGAUGUUGAAAAAGAUGCUCCCUUAUUUAGAAACUGGGCAAUUCACACAGGAAAAUACCAGUCAGGAGUAGAUAAACCUGAUCCAAAGACAUGGAAGGCAAACUUCCGUUGUGCUAUGAACUCCCUGCCUGACAUAGAAGAAGUGAAGGACAAAAGUAUAAAGAAAGGAAACAAUGCCUUCAGGGUGUACCGGAUGCUGCCGUUAUCUGAAAGACCUUCCAAAAAAGGAAAAAAAACAAAGUCUGAGAAAGAUGACAAAUUCAAACAAAUUAAGCAAGAGCCAGUUGAAUCAUCUUUUGGGAUUAAUGGGCUAAAUGAUGUCACUUCUGACUAUAUCCUGUCCUCCAGUAUAAAAAAUGAAGUUGACAGUACAGUGAACUUUGUAGUUGUAGGACAAUCUCACCUUGAUGGCUGCAGCGAGGAGCAAGUGAUAGUUGCCAAUCCUCCUGAUAUUUGCCAAGUAGUAGAGGUGACAACAGAAAGCGAUGAAAAGCCCCUCAGCCUGAGCCAGCUGUACCCGCUCCAGAUCUCCCCUGUCUCAUCCUAUGCAGAAAGCGAAACGACUGACAGUGUUCCAAGCGAUGAAGAAAAUGUAGAGGGACGACUUCAUUGGCAGAAGAAAAACAUUGAAGGCAAACAGUAUCUCAGCAAUCUGGGUAUGAGGAACACUUCUCAUAUGCUUCCCAGCAUGGCAACUUUUGUAGCCAACAAGCCUGACCUCCAAGUCACCAUCAAAGAAGAAAGCUGCCCACUGCCUUACAACAGCUCCUGGCCCCCUUUCCCAGACAUCCCUCUGCCACAAGUAGUGUCUACAGCCUCCACUAGCAGCAGCCGGCCAGACCGCGAGACUCGGGCCAGCGUCAUCAAGAAAACGUCAGACAUCACCCAGUCGAGAGUCAAGAGCUACUAAGCCUUUGAUGGUGUGGGGUUUUAGCUUCGUUUUGUUUGGGUUUGUAUUUUAUGUUUCUCUAGGAGAGGUUCAUCCCUUGACGCACACGAGACAAAUCUAAGGUAAAGCCUUGGCAAUAUAAAACAUUGCUGUGUCCGCCCCCAGUGCCGCAGUGUUUCUAACUCAGGACUCCAGCCGUCAGUACCUGCACCUGAACCCAGGCGGAUCUCCACGGUUGCUGUGCAGGCAAACAACCAGAGAACUUUGGCCCACUUGCAGGUUCCAGUGUUUCAUAAGAGGACCAACCGACCACAAGGGAAGUGGUGCUGCUGCGCUUCUUGCUGUCAAGGCUGUGAUGGAACUGAAAGCCUCAGAAUGGAAGAGAAAAUGUGAACUAGCUGGAAUAUUUUUAAAUAAAGAAAAAUCUAUUGUGAAUAUUGUACAUAGUGCAGUACUAGCAACGUUGCAGUCUGCUUCUGCACCUUAUUAAGAAAGCACUUACAAAAGGCCUUUUAUUACCUUGCUCUACUUAAUGGCACAUUGAAGGUCCCUCCUCACCUGUAUUCUUUUCCAAGGCUAUUCUUGCUGAAGUGUCUUUAAAGAAUAGAGGAAAGGAAAGGAAGUUAAAACUUCUAUGUGGAUUUUGUACGUUUUAAGACUGCUUUUCUCAUGUUUGUUUCUAAUCAGCUAUGCUUGAACGCUGCGUGGUACAAUAGAGACAAAAAAAAAGAAACCUAUUACAGAGAUAUUAUGCAAAUUCCCAGAUUUAAAAAAAAAAAAGAAGAAGAAAAAUACUCUAAUUCUAACCAGAGCAAGCUUUUUUAUUUUUUAU